GUCACACUGGUAUUUAUAGAAGAUCUCAGAAAAUCGUAAUUUUAUAAAUAAUUUAAUAAUGAAGGGGAUGAUUAUUGUCCCCAUGGACAUAGAUCCUGGCUACCGUAAGGCAACCAUCCACAACUUGCCCAUCCUCAACAGCGGAAUGGUGUAUAACUUUUGCCUGGCAGCAGCCUCCGAGAAGUCUCAAAAUAUAUCGACGGAUAAAAAUGAUCUACUAACAGACUAUGUGCAAUUGCGACAGCAGGGCAGCAUCUGCGAACUGAAGGCUAUGGUGUUCUCCACAUCUGAGUUUGACAAUACGGACACACAUGCCAAUGUGGCCAUCAAAGUGCUCGACAACCCGCGGGCCAUUGCAGAGGGUCAAUGCAGCCGGUGUCCCGAAUCUGCGUGUCCACACAUUGUAGCUUUUAUAUUUUGGCUUCUCCACAAGAGCACGGAGCGACAGCCCUCAGCUGUGGUGGAAUUUUGGGGCCACGAACUGGAAUUGCUGGUGCAGCCGGAGCCCACACGAGCCAUUCCCAUAUGUGAUAUGAUUCCCAAAGACGAGGUGCGACUGCAGAGUGAAGCGAACUCUCAAAAAAUAAGCGACAGCGAUGGACAGGCUUUCCUCUCGACUGUGCUGGAGGAAAUAGCCAUUUGUGGACGGGGAUCGGCGCUGCACCGGCAGUGCGUGGAGACCAGCGAUGAGUUUGAGACACUCUUCGUGCAUCAUGUGCUGUUGCGUGCAAAUGAGUACAACAUACACGAUGUCCAGGGCUUUCGACAGCACAUGGAACAACAGGCGCAGAUCGGGCUCCUCGAGAGCUUGAAUGAUGUGAGCAGAAAUCAGUACAAGUCGCGGCUGUGGGUGGAAACGCAGUACAUGCGCAUACGCUGCUCCAUGAUAAACCUGGUAGCCAAGCGGAAAACGGCCGAGGACGAUGAGACGAUAUACAACAUGAUGUUCUGCAAGGGACGCGACAGGAGCACCGAAGCCCGUAUGCAGCUGAAGCAGCACAAGCGAUUCAUUCUGAAGCAGACGGAGAAGCUGGAGAACAAAGAGUACGUCGAGUGCGGAUUGCUGCUGCACGAGGACUAUCCGUUUCUGUGCGCCACACCAGAUGGCAUCACAGACGAUCACAUUGUCGAGAUCAAAGCGCCAAAGUCUGAAGAGGAUUUCGAAAGGUAUUUGGAGGCUGGUGAAUCAAUAGCACCGAAGUACAUGGCCCAAAUACAGAUACAAAUGUUUGUGGCGAAUGUCAGCAAGGCGCUAUACUGCGUCCUUAGUCCCAUCUUCGAGACGAACGGAGCCCUGCACUAUGUCUGGGUGCAGGCCGAUCCCGAAUUCGUCUCUAGUCUGAUCAGCAUGGCCGGGGAGUUUUGGAGAGACAUUGCCUUUCCGCGCCUGCUUAAUACCUAUCCCCAGAUAACCUAUACCCAAAUUAGUUGAUGCAGCAGGAGGAGCUGGAAUGCCAUCCUAG